CUCUCUUCUCUUGCUAUUCUUGCAUUCUCCUUUCCUUCUGCACAGCUUUGAAACAGUCGACGUCAUUUCUCUCGCGCUGUUUGACUUGCUUCCCUUGUAUUCGGCUUCUUAGGGCCUACGAACCACUGUGAAGCAGUUUGCAUUUGUGGGCGUGCUCGUUUUUCGUCAGUCCACUUUGCAGCUGUAGCGCGACACUCCCUCUCCAGCGCCCUUCAGCCUAUGUCGGCUUGUGCUUUGGAACUCGACACAGCUAUGGAAUAGGAUUCUGGCGGUUCAGGAGCGUCGCCGUGGAGUUGGCGACAUUUCGCUUGUCGGCAUUUUAACAUCUCGGCGAGCACCACACUCACCAGCUUGGAGCAGGCGGCAUAUCAACCUUUGUGGUUGGUCAUUUGCAUCUGCGCGUUCAGCAGGGUGCUUUGGGUGUGGCGGUCGGGGGAGCCCUGCAGCACUUGGCUGUUUUUUUGGGGUGUGGCUCGUCUUCGUGCCCUUGUUGCCUGGUGCCUGGCUGCCUGGCGCCCGCCCUGCUGUGAUGCCCUGUGAGUGCUGAUCUUGGGCAGCUAUGCAGUUGCUGGGUGAUCCUGGUCGGUUCCGCCUGGUGUCUCAGCGCAGCCAAGCCACCAGGGGCCAACACCAGCCAUACAGCACACCCGCACACGGCGCGGCCACAGCAGCACAGGCCGUGCCGUGUGGGGGGCCUGCGUUUGGGCAUCACCGCCCACUGCCAGACUUGGCAGCGGACCGCACCCCUGCAGGUGGGGGCAACGCUGCCAGCCCGUUCUUCAGCCCCGGGCUGCAACUCCACCUUGCCCUGUCCACGCAUAGCCUGGCGCACGGCGUGCAGGACCUGACGACGCAGCCUCAGGGCCCCAGCCUGCCUACCUACCCAGUCCUUCUGGUGGGUGCCACCACGGGGCUCCCAGAGGGCGAGCAGCUGUCCUCAGCUAGCGUCCGGGAAGUGACCAGUGCUGCCCUGUCAGUGCUGGACACCAUGUGCCGGCAGGGCAACCAGCCGCAGCUCCUGCAGGGCCACUCUCUGCACAGCACAGGCCGCCCCUCCCGCACGUUUGCGGGGCUGGCCUUCAGCCGGCGCGUGACCAGCGCCAGCAAAGCAGCCUUCACAGCGGAGCUCAUGCGCAAGUCGCCGCUGGCGGUACCGCUCCAGCGCGGUCAGGCUGUUCUCACGGUUCACGUGCCAGUGGACACCCAGCCCAUCAUUCCGGGCACCUACACCGUCACGGUCAAGAUGGUAGGGGGCCCUGUGUGGGGGGCUUUCCGCGGUCGCACCGAUUUGGUGCUGCAGGCGGGUGGCUAUCCCACCACCUCGGACCCCUCUAACCUGGCGUGUGCUUAUGUGGUCUCAGAGCAGUGCGCCAAAUCGGUGGGCCCCAAGGGGGAGCCCCAGGCCCCCGCAGGCCAGGGCAUCACCAACCACAUCUUUGCCUGUGUGCGGGGCCCCAUCUGGGACCCGCAGCUCUCUCACCUGCACUGUGCCAAGUUUGAGAUGCCCGGUGAGGAGCCCAUGCAGGUGGAGGUCCGUGGCGCCCCCCAGGCGGCUGGGACGGCCACGACAGCUGCGGCAGGCAGCCCUGCUCCGGCUGCAGCCGGGGUCGCCGACCUGGGUGGCAACACCUUGGGUCGGGUGAGGCCCGCGGCUGCCAUGGCGACUGCAGCGGACAUCGUUGACCACGUGGGGGACGUGCAGAUGCAGGAGGCGGCGGGUUUGGGUGAUGUGGCGGCUGCAGCUGGUGGCGCCAGCGGGCCACACAGCGGGGCCCCGCCCCCGCUGCCAGUUCUGGUGGCGGGGGGAAGCAACCGUGCUGCUGCGGCUGCCCUGCGGGCCGCGCUGCAGCAGCAGCCCUCUUCGCAGCAGCGCGUGACAGCGGGAGGGUUUAGCGGGGUCCAGCCGGCGGCAGGCGUGGGGGGGCUGCCGGCGGCCAGGCCUCGCCCUGCCGGUGCUGGGCCGGCUGACGCGCAGCAGCAGCACAGUGGCGCUCACGCGCCACGGCCGCCCUUGGAUCAGCGGGCCGCCGCCGGGCAGGAUCAGGAGCAGACCGCUGUGAUGCAGCGGUACUUGGCCAAUUUGGCGGAACUCAAUCUCCAGCAGCAACGGCGGUUACAGCAACAGCAGCAGCAGGAGCUGCAGCGCCAGGGGCAGUCGCCCAGGGCCCGGACCGGCUCCCGGUUUGGGAUGCAGGAGGCGGCGGGUUUGGGUGACGCAGCGGCUGCCGCUGGUGGCGCCAGCGGACCACCCGCCAUGGCCUCGCCCUCGCUGCCUGCUCUGGUGGCGGGGGGAAGCACCCGUGCUGCUGCAGCUCCCCUGAGGGCCGAGCGGCAGCAGCAGCCCUCUCCACAGCAGCGGGUGGCAGCGGGAGGGCUUAGCGGGGGGCAGCCGUCGGCAGGUGUGGGGGGGCCGCUGGCGGCCAGGCGUCACACUGCCGAUGCCGGGCCGGCUGGCGCGCAGCAGCAGCCAAGUAGGGCUCCCACGCCGCAGCCGCCCUUUGAUCAGCGGGCAGCUGCUAGGCAGGAGCAGAAGCUGCAAGUUGUGAUGCGGCGGUACUUGGCCGAUUUGGCGGAACUCACUCUCCAGCAGCAACGGCAGGUACAGCAACAGCAGCAGCAGGAGCAGCAGCGCCAGGUGCAGUCGCUUAUGCCCCGGACCGGCUCCCGGUUUGGGGUCCUGGCCACACUGGGGGGACAGGACGGGGCGGGUGAUGGCGCUGCCACAGCGGCGUCCGGGCGUGGGCGACGGGUGCAACCAGCCGCGCACGCACCGCAGCCGCCGCCGCAGCAACAGCCCCGCUCCAAAGGGCGCAGUGGCCCCGCCCAGCUUCCGCAGCAGAGGGCAGGGCGCUUGGGCGGCGGGCUGCCUCCCCCGCAGGACAGUGCUAGCUCGCCGCCGCACGUGCCCACUGGGCGGCCGGCGGGGGGACAGCAGGCUGGUGGGGGCAGCGGGUCGGGGCGCCAAGGUGGAGGAGCGGGGCGGGCAGUGCCCCAGCCGCCGCCCCAGGCGGGGCCGCCGCUGCAGACGUCACAACCGGCGGGUGGUGGUAAGGGCAGGGGCAGGGGCCUGGGCGUGCCGGCUGGGGUUUCGGCCGACACGGCUGGGCGCGCUGGUGGGGGUGCGGGCAGUGAGGCGGAGUACGGGGCCGUUUGCCUGACCCGCGACACGUGUGUUGCCAUCGGCUCUGACCUCGUGACUUACCAGAACCGCUGCGCAGAUGUGCAGGGGUAUGAGUGGGCGCAGCUUGGCCGCGACGCGCUUGGUGGCCGCCUCCUCGGCUACCUCCGUGACCAGGGCGCCACCGUACCGGACUGGGCUGUCUGCCGUGUGCCGGCAGGCCGUACCGCCGUCCUGGCACAGCUGCGCGACGAGUUCACUGGCUGGUGGCGCCUGUACUCAGCCCAGCCUGCAGGCACGCCCCUGCCUUCCGACGUGACGGAGCAGCUGGAUGACGCCGCGCAGCAGGUGCAGACGGCCUACAUGGACUACGUGCUCCUAGACGCCCGCACCCUGCGGUCCGCUAAGCGUGGGCCGGCGGACCCCGGCGGUGCUGGGGGGCCCAGCCGCCGGCAACGCCAGCACCGCAGCCGCAGUACUUCCAGCCUCAUGAGCCUGGGCAGCGCUCCACUGCGCCCCGGCGGCGCCAGCUCAGGCGCCGCUAGCAUGAGCACCAGCUGCGGCGGCGCGCCCCCCAGCCAGGGUGGCGGCCACCGCCGCAAUCGCCACAGCAGCAACAGCAACCGCAACCGCCACGGCGCUGCCGUGGCCGUGAAUGUCAACGGCCUGGGCUCGCCGUUCAAGGCGCGGGCGCUGGUCUCGCACCUGCAGCAAGUUGGGGCGGAUGUGGCGAUGGUGCAGGAGACCCACGCUACUGACACGACGGUGCUGGAGUCUUGCCUCCGUGCCGCGCAGGGGGCGUGCCUUCCGUGGCGCCACUGCCUCGCUGCCAGCCCGGCAGGGUCGCCCCACUCCUGUGGGGCGGCUAUCCUGGCGCGGAGUCGGCUGUCCCUUCCAGGCUGCGUACUGCAGCCGCCGUCAACGGAUGCGGCGGGCCGUGUGGUAUGUUGGGAUUGGGACGUGGGUCACCUGCGCCUGCGCUUCGUGUGUGUGUAUGCGCCCACGGCCGUGGCGGACAAGCCUGCUUUCUUUGCCGGGCUGCAUCCCCACCUGGCCACGGACAGGGUGCUUGUUGUCGGUGGGGACUGGAACUGUGUCACCGAUGCCAGUCAGGAGGCGGCCCCUAGCCCGUCACGUGCUGCAGGUGCCCCGCAACUUGCCAGCCUCCUCGCCCAGUUCAGUCUGGUGGACCCUUGGGCGAGCAAGCGUGGCGGCGCCAAGGGCUACACGCAUCCGGCCACACCCAAGCCGGCCACUCCCGCACGCCUGGAUCGGUGGUAUGUCAGUGCCACCGCGGUGCCGUGGGUGGUGGAUGUCGCUCGCACGUAUGGGGCACCUGGGGACCACAACGGUGUGCUGCUCACCCUGUCCUUGCCCAACCUGCCACAUGCGCACCGGGAGCAGUGGCGCUUCCCCACGUACCUGCUGUUUCACCCCUCGCUGCGUUUGGAGCUCGAGCAGCGCUUGGAGGCGCACGUUGCCGCAAAUCCCGUGGCCAGUACAGGUGACGGCGCUUGCACGCAAUGGGAGGCGGACAAGUUCUUCUUGCGGGAGGCCGCCACCAGCAUCCACCGUCGGCAUGCACGCCAGACCCGGGAUGGGCUGCAUGGCGUGGUGCUGGCCGCAGACGCGGCCGCUGCCCUGGCCGACCGGCCGGGUGCCAGCACCGCGCAGCGUCAGGCUGCGGCCAUGGCCAACUUGGCGGUGCGGGAGGAGCGGGCAGCUGCCGCAGCGGCCAGCCACAAUGCCCGCGCUGCACUGAUGGAGGAGCAUGGGGAGCGGGGCACUCGCUGGUUCCAUCGGCAGGCUGACGAGCCAGCAGCCGGCGCGCAGGAGCCCAUCACGCACUUGAAGGUGCCGGGGCAACCGGCGCCUGUGGCGCUGACGGGGCCGGGCACGCGCAACACUGUCUCCGCCGCCGCCACAGCCAUGUACAGCAGCACCAGCCCCACCGGCCUGUUCCGCGUGCAGCCGGUCUGUACGGCGUCGCAGCAACAGCUUCUGGCGGCCAUUGACCGCAAGGUUCCAGCGGAUCUGCACGCCGCCGCAGAGGGGUCCGGUGACGGCGCCCUCAGUGAUGCCGAGCUGAUGGCAGCGCUGGCUGGCUCCGCCAAUGGUAAAGCGCCUGGGUCGGACGGGGUCCCGUAUGAGGUGUACAAGGUUUUCUGGGCACUGCUGGGCCCGCGCUUGUGUGCUGCUGCUGCCGCUGCCUUUGCUGCCGCUGCAGACGCCCACGAUGGCGGCGAAAUGGCGGCGGCGCUGCCCGCCUCCUGGCGGGAGGGCAUCAUCACGCUCAUCUACAAGGGCAAAAGCCUGGACCGCGCCGAGCUGGCGUCCUACCGGCCCAUCACGCUGCUCAACUGCGACUUCAAGAUGGUGUCCAAGGCCGUCAGCGCCCGCCUGCAGCCCGCCCUGGAUGCAGUUGUGGAUGAGCUGCAGACCGCGUUCAUCACCGGCCGCUGGAUUGGAGACAACGCGCUGUACCUCCAAGGCCUGAUCGAAUGGAUGCGCCUGGACGUGGGCGCGGACGGCACGCCACGGCAGGGUGGUGCGCUGUACUUCUUGGACAUCGAAAAGGCGUAUGACCGGGUGCACCGGCAGUGGCUGUAUGCGUCCGCGGAGGGUCUGGGGUUUGGGCCGCGCAUGCUGCGCUGGAUCCGCCUGAUCACUGCCAACGGCUCUGCCCGCGUGUGUGUGAACGGGAUGCUUUCUGACGCCUUCCCAGUGCUGAACGGCUUGCCGCAGGGCAGCACCGCCUCACCACCCCUGUGGGUCAUCCAGAUGCAGCCACUGACGUCCUUUCUGCGGCGGCAGGUGGAGCAAGGGGCACUGCGCACGCCCCUGUUACCCAGCGGCGAGCAGGCGCCGCCUGCUGCCCACCACGCUGACGACACGACCCUCACGGCGCGCGACCCGGCAGUGGACGGGCCGGUCCUGAUGGCGGCAGUACAGCUGUUCUGCCGCGCGUCCAACGCCCGUGCCCAUCCGGACAAGAGCAAGGCCAUGGGCCUUGGCAGGUUUGCGCACCUGACGGGCCCUUGCCCACACACGGGGGUGCCGUUUACCACUGGCGCCGUGACGCACCUGGGUGUGCCUCUGUCGUGGGACUCUGAUGCGGCUGCAGCUGACUUGUACACCCGGCGGGCUCGCGGCAUGGCGUUUGUGGCGCGUCUGUGGGCUGCCCUGUCUCUGACUCUCGUUGGCCGUGUGCACAUUGCAAAGCAGGUGCUGGCGGCAAAGCUGGCCUACCACUUCAGCUUCCUCAACCCGUCGCCUGCGCAGCUGAAGGAACUCACCGACCUGGUGGACCACUUUGCUGCGCGCUCCAUGCACGCUGAGGACGCCAGCCUGGUGUCGCACGGGAACCCGCUCCUGCUGCCCAAGCGGGAAACCGCCUGUCUGCCGUACAAGGAUGGGGGUGUCAACCACGUCGACCUGCCUGCGUUCCUGUCUGCCCUGCAAGCUAAGACUUUCGCCCUCCUUGCCCAGCCAGGCCGGCAACCCUGGAAGAUGCUCACCCGGGCGCUGCUUACUCAUGUGCGCCCGGACUCCGCCACCACGUGGGCGUGGGUGUACAGCGACGCGCCGGCGCCAGCGGGGCUGCCUGCCCGGCUGGCGGCCGCGGUCGGCCACGUGCGGAGCGCGGGCGUGGAGCAGCAUCCGCCGCAGCCAGCCACUCAGCCGCCAGCGGCACCGCCACAGUGGCGGGUUAGCCUGGACCAGCUGUGGGUGGCUAACGCUGCGGGGGCUGUGUCCUACGUCCACUACACGGGGCGGCUCUUGGAGCCUGGGCCUGGCGUGCUGCCCCCGGCGGUGGAUGGGGCGUGGCAGCCUGCCUGUGUGCUGCAGCAUCGCAAGCCGCGGCACCUGUGGACCUUUGAAGAGCGGGCGGCGUACGAUGCAGCAUCACCAGGGGACCGGUCGGGGGCGUGGCCUCGGGCGCCGUACUUCCUGGCGCCGGAGGCUGGGGUGGUGGUGCACCCGGAGCACUGCCGGAUUGCGGGUGUCAGCUUGGCGGACUACACGGUGCGGGACGUGCGGUGGGCCAUCACCGCGGCUAACCCGGCCGCACCUCCGGCUCCGGCCCGCCCCGCAGCCAUGCCGUGCCCGGCGCCAGCACAGCAGGCGGGGGGUUCGGGGACCCAGCCGGCGGCACAGUCGCGGCUGGCGGAGCGGGAGGCGGAGUGGCAGCGUGCAGCGGCGCAGCUGACAACCACGGCGGCGCAGCACUUCAACAAUAACCCGGUGGCUCUGGACCCCUGGCUCCACCGCACCUCUGCGGCAGCCGGGCUGCAGAACACGCUGGCGAGAGAACUGCAGUCGUAUGCGUCCCCGUUCCAGCACUUGGGUGAGGGGCCGCGGCGUUCCGCGCGGCUGCAGGAGCAGGCGGCGGGCGGGGCGGGACCUAGCACGGGGCCUGCCACGGCGGCGGCGGCAGCAGUGGCGGCGGUGGAGGGCGACCCUCGCAUGCCGCCCCCGGAUGCGUCCCUUCUGCGGGCUUAUGCGCAGGCGAGGACGUGGCUGCAGCAGCUGUGGGCCUGCAUUGCGCCCCAGGCAGCGGCGCCGCCAGUGACGGACGCGGGCUUCAUGCUGGGGGACCGCAUGGGUAUGUGGGCCUCAGGCCCGCGGGGGGCGGGCGCGCUGCUGUGGAGCACUUUGCGGGCCACCUUCUUGUACGCCGUCUGGUGUGCGUACUGGUCCCGCGAGCCGGCUAAGCAGACGUCGGAGCAUGUGGUUCGGGAGGUGGUCAGCGAGCUGCGCAGGGUGAUGCAGCUGCGUUUCACUGCCGCCACGCUAACCCCUGAAACCCUGUCGGCUCUGCCCACACAGCUUCUCACCGCGCAGCUCAAGGCGGCUAAGCUGGAGCACUUUGUUGCCAUCUGGACGGCGGGUGGCGCGCUUUGUGAAGUGGAGGAGGUUCAGGCUCUGGCUGGCGUCGCAGCGCCUGGGCGGCUGUGGGACUUCCUGCGCAGCGCGUCUUGCAGCGGGCUGGAGCCCGCCUAGUCAGCGCCACAUCUGGCCCGUUUAGUUUUCUGCUUGUGUCUCCUCUGCCGCUUCUCCUGGGGUGUUGCUUAAGCAACUGACUUGUGGGGGUGGGGUGGGAUUGGGCGGGGCGAGUGCGUAGCGCUGGUGUUUCCUCUUCUGGCGCGCGGUGGUGGUGGUUCUUGUGGUUAGGCUUUGGUGUAGGUUGGUGCUUGGGUUAGGUCUGGCGGUGUUUUUGUGCAACCCCUCCCGGGGGGCGGGGGGGCCAGCCUCCUGCUCUGUCUGCCGGGUCGGGGUGGGGUGGGGUGGGGUGGGAUGGAUGGGGGUGGUUGGUGGCAGUUUUCGAGGUGUUUGCUUUCUGUUUUCUUCUCUUUUCUUCUCUUCUUGCCCUGUCAGGGUUCUGGUCUCGGGGACCAGGCUGUCUUCAGGCAGCAGGGGGGCAGCGCGUCUGCCCCUGUUCAACCUUGUAAGGAUGAUCCCUC